AUGCCCCAAGGAGAGACAGAAGGCGGCGUAGACGGCGGCGGAGGCGGCGAUGGGGGAGAGGUGCCCACGCUCAUCCCAGACGGGGAGCCGGUGAGGGAAGAGCAGCGGCCCCUGAAGCAGUCCUUGGGAGGCUCCCUUUGUCGGGAAUCCCACUGGAAGUGCCUCCUGUUAACCCUCCUCAUCCACUCAUGUGGGGCUGUGGUGGCCUGGUGCUGGCUGGCCACCGUACCCCGCCUGGCCAUAGGCGGCGGCCUUUCCCACGGGACCCCGGCCACCUACCAGGCCAGCCCCUGCUCCGAUGGCUACCUGUACAUCCCACUGGCCUUCGUCUCCCUCCUCUACCUCCUCUACCUGGCUGAGUGCUGGCACUGCCACAUGAGGGCCUCCCGGGCACCACGCACGGAUGUGGUCACGGUGCUGGCCUUGAUCCGCCGCCUCCAGCAGGCCCCACCCUGUGUCUGGUGGAAGGCCACCAGCUACCAUUAUGUCCGGCGAACCCGGCAGAUCACGCGCUACCGUAACGGUGACGCCUACACCACCACGCAGGUCUACCACGAGCGGGCCGAUAGCCGGACAGCACGGGGCGAGUUCGACUACUCUGCCCACGGGGUCCGAGAUGUCUCCAAGGAGCUGGUGGGGCUGUCCGACCACCCUGCCACCCGUCUGCGCUUUACCAAGUGCUUCAGCUUCGGGAGUGCAGAGGCUGAGGCGGCGUACCUCACCCAGAGGGCGCGCUUCUUUGGCGCCAACGAGGGCCUCGACGACUAUCUGGAAGCCCGAGAGGGGAUGCAUCUGAAGGACGUGGACUUCCGAGAGUCGCUGAUGGUGUUUGCAGACCCCCGCAGUCCCCCCUGGUACGCCCGGGCCUGGGUCUUCUGGCUCGUGUCGGUGGCCACACUGUCGUGGCCCCUCCGUGUGGUGGCUGCCUAUGGCACAGCCCACGUCCACUACCAGGUGGAGAAGCUCUUUGGGGCCAGCUCGCCACCCCCCGGAGGCCAUGCCCCCGGGGGUCCGUCCCUCUCCAGAGUGGCCACAGUGGACUUCACAGAACUGGAAUGGCACAUUUGCUCCAAUCGGCAGCUGGUACCCAGCUACUCGGAGGCCAUGUUGAUGGGUCCCGGCCCCACAGCCUACCUCAGAGGCUGCCAGCGCUGCCGCCGCUCUGUCAGCAGCAACUCGCUGCCCCCUUCCCGGGCCAGCGGGCCUCGCCUGCCCUUCAGCCGGAGCCGGCUCUCCCUGGGAGGGGGGAGCCGGGCCACCACCGGGGUCUUCCGGAGCCUGAGUGGGGGGCCCCUGGGGCGUCGCGGGGAAGACACAGAGCCCCUGGAGAGCCCCCCCUGCUACCAGGAUGCGCUUUACUUCCCCGUUCUCAUUGUUCAUGGAGACGGAGGCUGUCGGGGAGAUGGGCAAGGAGCCAUCUGA